AUGGAAGAACCGGCCACUCGAAAAGAAUCAGGGUUAAGAAUAGAACUUCUGAAGCAGUCUCUGCACAUACAACUAUUGACACAUUUUGAUCUGUCUAUAACUUUCAUACUCUUGCUGAGGGGUGAACUUGACCUGUAUGAAAAACGGUCUGCCAACACAUUGCUAUCCAAGUUUAGCAGAAGAUGGCCAAACAUCGUCAUCACCGCAAGCGAUGAUGCUACAGCCAGCGAAGAGCUGCAGGCUGUAGCUCGAAAACUCAACUGGAAUAUAGCCAUCAAACAAAUCACAACUAGGUUAAGGCAAAAGUUGGGGAUACGUGACAGACCUAUAAACCUUAUGGAACAUAAAUUAGAUGAUAGUUGGGGAAAUGAUUACGAAUAUUGUACAAGUUGUCUAGGUAGAGAAGCUACAGGCAUGCGAUGCUUGCUCCGACGAUGCCUAUGCAAAGCCCGGCCAUCGCCGGAGACAGAUUCUGCAAUUACUGAUUCCAAUACAGAUUUAGAUAACUUGAAGGAUGCAACUGAUCGUGUGAACGAUCAAAGUAAUGGCAGUAACUCUGGAAAUGUGCUCCAAGAUGACCAUGGUAUGGAACCUGGUAUCGACAGCUGUGCACGUCUGAUAGAAACAGCUACAAGGGAAAUGCCCCCAAAUCUAUCGCAGGAUUUCAACUAUGACACAUUAUCGUGUCAAACCUGCUCCAAAGAGCCUGAUGCCACACGAGUCGUAGCGGUAAUAAGCCCAUUUGUUCUAAAAAAUGAUACCAAGUCUCCGAAAAGCUCGAGACGAUCAAUUAAAAGAUCUCUACGUGCAAUGGGUAAUGGCAAUGCCAGUGGGAUAGACCACAACGAAAAUGUAGAACUAUACGCAUCGCAUCAAUUCCCGCUACAUACAUACCUCAAGGGUGAUUUGGAUGAAGGUUCAUAUGGAUCCAUUUCGGAGUCAGAGAAUAUUGUGGGCCAUAUAUUCGACCUAGUGGGUCUCAUACUUGACACGCGGGAUACGAAUGCAAUAGAACCGCCCAAUGUGGCAUAUGUCUUGGUACGUAUACUUUCCAGCAAAGUAGCUGGCCCAUCGAAAGGGGCUGAGGAGCCUUCAUGUGCAGUUGGCACAAAUAGUGAAGAACCCAACGAAUUGGAUAGUAUGUUCGACAAUGAGGUGGCAGAGAUGCUGAUGAAGAAAUAUGAGCUCUUAGUGAACAAAAUCAACCGACUGGUACCGUUUCCGACAACAUAUUGGUUAACCGAUCCACAGCUGGUGGCACAAGUCUCGGCACUAGAGGGAGCAGGUGCCAUAAGUAAACUACAAAAGGUAAUAGAUGAUAGCAUUCAAGAGUAUGAACGAGAUGAGUUGUCGUCUGCGGGGUUGGGGGAACAACUUAUCAAGGAUAACCUAGCAUAUAUAUGCAGCCGCUUGGAACUGGUACAUCCGGCCAUAUUGACAACGCUAUAUAACAUGAUGGUCAAUUCCACAUGUUUCACACAGUUCUACGAUGGUAAUGGCACGCCUAACUCCUAUAUAUCCCUGACGCCACCAAACGGUAGGGCACAUUCUGGAACAUCGCGUCAAAAACAGGUAGAACUAGCAAGAGCUAUGACCAUCGCCAAUACACCUAGAGUAUACGGGAUCGGUGGUAGCCGUAGCUUUGUGCACAUAAAGUGCCUACACACCAAUCUCGCAUUCGCGCUUGUCGAGGGAGCUACCAUAGGAAAUAUGGUAUUCAAAUCUAUAGCACGAUACACAUAA